AUGAUGCGUCAAGACAUCGAGGCCGGUGACCCAUGCAACCUCACGGGCACGUAUCAGUCUGGCAACGACAUUUCGUCCUGCGGCACUAUUACCGUUGGAACCCUCACUGUUCCGGCUGGAGUCACACUUGACCUGAGCAAAGCGAAGAACGGAGCCACUAUCAACUUCGCGGGCACAGUCACCUUCGGCACUGAAAAGUGGGCUAGUCCUCUUGUUUCGAUCAGUGGAAACUCCCUCACAGUCAAGGGCUCCGGUACACUGGACGGCCAGGGAGAUUGGUACUGGAAGCAGGGUGAGUCGAUUACUCGUCCUGUCUUCGUUAAGCUGCAAAGCGUCGUUGGUUCAAACAUUUCGGGCUUUACGGUGAAGAACUCUCCUUUCCGCACGUUCAGCAUCAUCACGUGCCAGCACACGACUCUGAGUGGCCUCACGUUAGACUCCAGUGCUGGCAAUGGCCGUGCUCAAAACACGGACGGGUUCGACCUGACCAAGAACGACCACGUUACCAUCACCGGCAACAAAAUCUACAACCAAGACGACUGUCUCGCCAUGCAGUCCAGUACCAACACAAUCUUCAGCAACAACCUUUGUAGUGGAAGCCACGGUAUCUCGAUCGGAUCGAUCGGUGGCUCUGCGGUUGAUCAGACCACGACCGUGUCCGGUCUUACUGUCCAGGGUAACACCAUCCAGAACAGUGACAAUGGCCUUCGUAUCAAGGCGAUUAUCGGCAUGGAGGGCCUGGUCACGAAUGUAAAAUACAUCAAUAACAAACUUGAGAACGUGGAGAACGCCAUCGCAAUCCACUCGGACUACAGCAGAUCCAAUGGCGCCUACACGGGGUCGCCUACCAGUUUGGUGACAAUCUCGGACAUCACGGUCGAUGGACUCACGGGUUCUGCGGACCAAGUGUUUGAUAUCGUCGUGGCCCCUAGCGCCGUGUCGAGGUGGACGUUCAAGGGCAUCACCGUAUCGGGCGCAAAGGGAGUUUGCAAGGGUCAGCCUAACGGAAUCACCUGCUAA